AACAUUAUCAUGAUUAUAAUAAUAAUAAUAAUAAUAAUAAUAAUAAUAAUAAUAGUAUGGUGUGCGAAGCGACCAUCCCCGUGUGAGUGGCCCGAGGCUCGCAUCACCCGCUGGGAAAAUGGCAGUGGACGACGACUACGAUAUUCCAGAUACUGGGGCUGUGUUUACUUUUGGCAAGAGCAGGUUUGCUGAUAAUGCUCCCUCAAAGUUUUGGAUAAAAAAUGAUAAGAUCGUAGAACUGGCAUGUGGGGAUGAGCACACUGCAGUUGUUACAGAAAGUGGUCGGGUGUUUAUGAUUGGCAGUAAUGACAUGGGACAGCUGGGUCUUGGCUCCACUAAGCCUGUCUACAAACCAUCAUGUGUAAAAACCCUCAAACCAGAGAAGGCUUUACAUAUAGCUUGUGGACGAUCACACACUAUAGUUUCAUGUGCUUCUGGUGCAGUGUAUCUGUGGGGCCAUAAUGGGGACGGGCAGCUAGGAACGGGGAAUAAAGAAGACCAUUUCUUCCCAGUGAAAGUGCUCAAACUGGACACUCCUGCCAAAGCUGUUGCUGCUGGCAGUAUCCAUUCACUGGUCCUGGCUGAGAUUGGAGAGUUGUACAUCUGGGGCAGCAACAGUGAAGGCCAGCUUGGACUUGAAGUAAAGGAACAGCUCACUCCGGCACUCCUCACUUUGCCACAGCCUGUGUUGAGCAUUGCUUGUGGAUACUACCAUUGUGUAGCUCUCACUGCUUUUGGACGAGUGUACACAUGGGGUGAGAGUGACCAUGGCAAGCUGGGGCUACCAUCAAGUCAGCUGUCCUCACACCACCUUCCUCAAGUAGUUCCGCUCCCAGAGAAGAUCAUUCAGGUUGCUGCUGGAAGUGCACAUACACUUUUCCUGUCUGAGGGUGGAACAGUAUAUUCAUGUGGCUUGGGUAGCAAUGGAGAGCUUGGUCAAGGAGAAGGAGAAUUAGAGUGUUUUCUGCCACAACAGGUCAUUGAGACUAACCCCUCGGCUAUUGUGAUCAUAGCUGCUGGUGACAAUCAUUCUUCUGCUAUUACAGAGGAUGGGUAUUUGUUGACUUGGGGUUGUGGCCGACAUGGAAAACUGUGUCAUGGAGAGGAAAAUUUCUCCUCCCAGUUUCUUCCAUUAAGGGUCCGCAGAUUACGUCACAUCAGAGUCAUUCUGGUGGGCUGUGGAGGCUGCCACACUAUGGUCCUGGGCUACAGACGCACUGAAGAGGUGGAGUCCACAAGGGACAACAGCCACCUGCUUCACCAUUCAGUGAACAGCUUGGCUCGGGCACGACGAAGGGUCGCAGACGGUAUUCUACCACCUUUGAAGUCUGUUGGGCUGCCACCUAUCAAACAUUCAGUUCUUCCCACAGUUCCCGAUAUAGAAGAUGAUGAGCCAGCCAGUGACCAGCCGCAAGUUGAUGCCGAGCCAGUCUCAAUUGUUGGUGAGGUUCCUGAGAAAGCAGUUGAGGUGGAGCAGAAUGAAGCGACGCCAGAGGAGAAUGGUGUGCUUGAUGUUGAGAGUGAAGAGGAGGAGGAGCAGCAGCAGCAGCAGCAGGAAGAGGAGGAAAAUACUGAAGAUUGUAAAGAGCAGUUACCUCCAUCUGAGAAAAAAGGUGGCCGAUUUGCCCGGUUCUUUGGCAAUCUUGGAAAGAAGAAAUCAACAUCUGCACUCAGAAGUCAUCAAGUAGCGACUGAGGAGUCUGGUGAAGGUAUGAAGGGUACCACUGCAAGUGCAACAAAAAGUAAACACCCACUUGAAGAGGAUGCCCAUUUAGCUUUGAUUUCAGAAUCUUUUGGAGACCCAAAUACUGAGGAGUCUGAGGGAGCAGUGAGACAAGUAAUGGAAGCUUUUACAUCUUCAUCUGUUAGAGCUACAAGUUCCUACUCAAUUGGUGUCCCUGGUCACAAACAGUCUAAGGCAUGCACCAUCUUGUAGAAGUUGUGAAGAAGUAGAUGUACAGUUUGAAGACAUUAACUACAGUUAAAGAACUUCCUGGUCACUACAUGUCAAGUCUAUUAUAUUUUCUGUAUUUGAUCUAAUACAGUAGUAAUUCAUGGAAAUUGUAAUAGCUUGAUCAUUACAAGCAAUUUAUAUUUUAAUAUGGCAAACAACUACUUGAGUAGUUACAGUUUUACCUUAUGUUUUAUUAACAUAUGGAAAUCAAGGUUUGUUGUGUUAUAAUUAUUUGUUUACAUAAAUUCCUUAUGUACAAAUCAAAGUAUAUAAGGAAGUUAUACCCAAAUCACAAAUGAGGGGGUCACGUGUAUUAAUCUUUCUCGCCUAUAUUAUAUCCCUAUUGGUUGCCAUGCUGGUAUGGAGAAUGGUCUUCCACUUUUGCAUUCUUUUUGGGCAACUGUCACUUGUUGCAUUCAAGUUCUUAAGCAUCACGGACCCUUUUUGUGACCAUACCGUAAUAUAGGUCAACCCGUUCUCGCACUUUCGUAUAGUCAAUAUUGACUUAUUAAAUACGUGCAUAUGUGACAUGCUAAUUUAUUGUGAAUAUUUUAG